AUGUCCUCCCGUCCCCACUCCUCGGACGGGCGUGCGCCGCGCCUCAACGCUGUCCCAAGCAUCCAAGAUUCCCUUCCAGAGUUCCACUUCACCAGCCCCUCAGAGCCCGUCCUGCUGUCCAUCCCCCACCCAGACUCGUUCACCCCCCUUUGCCCCUCCGCACGCACUUCCUACACCCGCGUCGACGUUUCGGCCACCGAUGACGCUCUCGGCGUCGACGACGACCUGGUACAUGACCACGAGCAGGCUGCGCCCCACCCCCAGGUCGCCGUCACCUUUCUCCUCGUGUCCGGCCGCAGACGCACCAUGUCCUUCGAUCCGGAGACAACUGUCGGCCGCGUGAAAGAACUCGCAUGGAAUGCAUGGCCAAAUGAGUGGCAGGACGAGCGUCCACCCGCGCCGUCCUUCCUUCGCAUUCUCUACCUCGGAAAAAUUCUCCAGGAUGACGACACCCUCACUCAACUGUCCUUCCCCACCUGGCCCCCAUCCUCCGACGCUGCGUACCUCUCGACGUCACCCACCUCGCAGCCUCCCCCUGCGACGAUCGUCCACCUCUCCAUCCGCGCGUAUGCGCCCCAUGGCGCCGAUGACGCACCCAAGAAGAAGCGCAGACAUACCGUCCGAGGGCCCGUGCGGAGCGUGCUGUCCAGGUGCUUCGUCCUCUCAAAAUGUCACAUAUCCAGGAGUGUAUAUGCUUCACCUAUUGGACGCUCUUUGCCUUCCGCGCGUAUUGCCCGGUCGGUGCCACGCCCCUUCUUGUUUUCCCCUUCUUGUGGACCAGCUACCCCGGCGCCCACAUCGCGCCACGGUCCCCUUCACGACGCAUACCACUACCCUAUCUAUCAUACACGCCGUAAUACCACCCCCCUAUCUUGUUCUCCUCCUAUUUGUGCUGCCGUGCACGCCGCCCCUUACCCCUCUUCCGCGUACCCGCGCCCGCCCCCCUUUCUGUCCGGUACCCGCCCCGCUGCCCCCUAUUUUCCCACGCGGAGCUGCACCUCCCCCUCCGGUCUGGCGCGGAGCCCCCGCACGCGCAUGCACGAUUAUUCGGAUCUGUUCUCGCUCUCGCAGUUUGGAUACGCACUGUACUAUACACAUACACAGAUACACAGCUUUGAGGUUUCUCCACCGUGUGCGAGUGCGCAUAGCUCGAAGCAGAGCUCGGGCAGUCGGUGUUUCCAGGUUUCCAGCACAGAACAUCCUCCCAGCCCCCCACCGAGGACGCGGACGGGUCCGCGCGCAAUCGGUAUGGGGCGCAAAAAUGCCCCGCAGCCCAUGCGGAUCGUCUCGUGCGCACCCGCUACCACCGCUGCCACCAUCCCUCAGAAGCGAAUGUUCGACAGUGCCGAGGGCGGCAGGAGCGCAGACCAGCCGAGCGCCUCGACAGUGAUCAAUGUUGGCAACAUUAACGGCGAGCGUCGCGACUUGUGCUCGGUGCCGCUCUCCACCACCAGCAGGCUUGUACAGUCGACGUUCGUGCACUACACCGCGCCCGAACCGGCCCCCGCUUCCUCGCUGCUCAAUGACCCAAAGCUGCUCGUGAUGAGCCGCCAUGUGUCGGCUGAGCCUUCAGGAAGCUCCCAGCGUGAGUGCUCCACCCUCACCCCACCUCAAGUCCCUUGCACAAAUAUGCUCCCUCCCGCCGUCUCGAUAUCGGUGCCGCUGAAUGGGCCGCUCGACGUGCACCACGCGCUCAGCCUGCUCGAGGCGGAGUCGCACGCGGCGCGCGUGAAGAGGGUCCGGGUCGACCAGGAUGACAAGCAGACAGGCCGCAGCUAUAGUCGGCACGUGGAAAACUACGCCGCAUGGUGGGCCGAGUUCGACAUGGCACAUUGCGAACAGCAACCCAACCUGCCACCCAUGCCCACAUUUCCCGUUACCGCGCUCAAGGCCUCCUUCUUCCUGGACCAUGAGCUCACUCGCGAGAAGCGCAGACGUGGAGGCACCGAGGUGAUUGCUGGCUCCACCGUCGGCAAGUCUCACAUCGCGCAGGUGAUCAGUGCGCUCGAGAACUGGCGCUGCAACAAUGCGUACCUAUACAAGAACGAUCCGGAUGCCCAGAUGACACUCCGAUCGGACCUUCGCAUUCGCAACAUAGAAACAUUGUCAAAGCACAACGAACCAAAGAGGAUCGAGAAGGCACAAGCCCUGAAGGCUGUGGGGAGUUCGGCGGACACCUACACGCAGGAGGAGCUUGUGCGAUGCUCCCGCUGGUGUCUCACGGACUUUUUGGGCGUCCAAUAUGUGUUCGUCGGCAUCCGCGACCGUGCAAUGUUGCUGCUGUCAGCCACCACCGCAUUUUGUGGCAACAGCUCACGCAUCCUGCAAUGGUCGGAUCUCUUCAUGUCCUCGAUCCCGAUGGAGGAUGUCCAGCCCAGUUACAGAGUGCCAGUCCUCGCAGCCCUCGCUGACAAUGCAAAGCACAACCAGGAAGGCCGGCUGGAUGAGCACGGAACAAUACGACACCGCAACGUGCGGGUGUGUCCGGUUGGCGCACUCGCCAUGCUGUUCUUCAUCGUCUUCCAUGUGCUCGCUCCCGCUCAGGGUUUGCUCCCGACUUGA